AAACACAAAAUAUGAACUUUCGAGUCUCUGAAAAAUUCCCAACGGUCUUCGCAGUAUAUUUCCUAGAGCGAGAAAGAGCGCAUGAAUGAACUAUCAUGCCCGAUUAGUUAAACUCGGCCUGGAUACAAGCCCAAUAGUUGCUUCCCGUCUCAUCAACGAUUACGUCUCCUCUCGAACUUCGGGGUCUGUGAGUCACGCCCACCAGCUGUUCGAUCAAGUUCCUGUUAAAGACGCAGUACUAUGGAACUCAAUCAUAUCAGCCUACGCCCAGUGUGGCCAUUCUCACACAGCUUUAAAGCUCUUCUCUCAAAUGUUCCAUCAAUCCCACCCGAACUACAAACCCGAUCAUUUCGUUUACGCUACUGUCGCCCGCGCUUGUGGCUGUUCGAGAGGAACCUACCUUCAACUGGGUAGAACGGCUCAUGCUUGUAUAUUAAAAUCUGGGUUUAUGCCCAAUUAUGUGAUAGUUGAAACUGCUUUCCUGGAUAUGUACUCAAAAUGCCGCAGUGCAGAUUGUGCGCGCAAGGUGUUUGAUGAAAUGUUACUUCGAAAUUUGGUGACUUGGAAUGUAAUGAUUGCUGCGUUGUGCGCGGACUGAAGAUAUACAUUUGGGUAUGCAGGUCCAUGGCUACCUUAUUGUUAAUGGGUAUGAGUUGAAUUGUGUAAAUUCUCUUUGUAACAUGUAUUUCCAUUGUGGUGAAGUUUCUUGUGCUGAAAAAGUUUCUGAAGGACUAGAAGAGGAUGCCAUUUUAAUACUUAUAAAGAUUAGAGGUUAUGUUUUUAAUCAGAUGUAUUGUGAUGUGUUAAAAUAUGUUACAUUGACACAUGGGGCCAAAAUUCUUGAAGUGGAUUGCACCAUAUUUGUGCCUCUUUUCACUGCAUGUGCCAAGCUUUCUUUGCUCAGAGUUGGAAGGCAAGUCCAUGGCCUUCUUAUUGCUUUGACUUAUUCUAUUGGGAACUUUUAUUUGUUGGAGGAAUAUGGUGCGAUAAUUGGAAGCACUUUAAUCGAUAUGUAUUUCAAGUGCAAUAGUGUAGGUGAAGCUAGGAGAGUUUUUGACAAUUGGUUUCCUUCCCCUCAUGUCUUCCACUGGAAUUCCGUUAUUGCAGGUUGUGUAUAUAAUGGUUUGGUUGAGGAGGCCAGGGCACUCUGGGAAAAAAUGCCAGAGAGGAAUGUUGUGUCAUGGACUAGCAUGAUUUCAGGGUAUGUGAAAAAUGGUAUGCCGCAAGAAGGUUUAAAUUUACUGGCUAAGAUGCAUGCUAAUCAGGACAAGCCUAGAGUAGAUGGGAAUUGCUUAACGUUUGUUAGUGGCCUUCAGGCAUGUAGCUAUUUGACAGAUUUUGAAAGAGGAAAACAAAUCCAUGCAAAACUCAUACGGAUGUUAGGGAAUGCUGAUACUAGUAAUGUCAUUGUUGGAACAGCUUUGGUGGACAUGUAUUCUAAAUCUAGUAAUUUGAAUUACGCACGAACUGUAUUUGAUCGGAUGCUGGAGAAAAAUGUGGCUGCAUGGACAUCAAUUAUUACGGGCUAUGCUGUUCAUGGUUUGGGAUCUCAUGCCCUUGAAAUUUUCCAUCAGAUGAUGGGAAUGGGUAUUCAACCAAAUGAGGUCACGUUUGUGUCUAUUCUAACUGCUUGUAGCCAUAGUGGUUUGGUGGAGGAAGGUCUGCACUGCUUCAUGUUGAUGAGAUUGAAGUAUAAUGCAGUCCUGCAAGAAGAUCAUUACACAUGUUUGAUUGAUAUGCUUGGACGAGUUGGAAGGCUGGAGGAGGCUUGGAGUCUAGUGGAAGAACUGGAGGAUGGAAUGACUUAUAGUGAGACUGUCUUUGGUGCGAUGCUGGGGGCGUGUCACUUACAUGAAAACAUGGAGUUGGGGAGAAGAGUGGCUCUCAAAAUGCUUGAGAAGAAGAUGCAAGUCUCUACAACUUAUGUUACGCUUUCUAAUGUUUACGCGGCAUUGGGAAUGUGGAAUGAAGCAUAUGCAGUGAGAAGGAAUUUUAGGAUAGAAGUUGAUGUUGGCAGAAAGCCUGGCCUUAGCCGGAUUUGCAUGUGAGGUGAAUUUGCUAAGAUUCCAUUUGGGAAAGAAGUUGUAAAUUUGGAAUUUUGAGGUUUUGAAAAAAAAAAUUGUAGUUUUUAUAUGAAAAUGUGUCAAAACUUACACAAUUUCAAAUUUAUAUUUCUAAAGUUGUGCUCCUAAACACUUCAUUAAUAUAUUUGCUGGAAACUUGCCAAUUUGUGCUA